AUGAGUGAUAAAAAACCAAAACGUAAACAAGGUAACUUGGAUAGCUUCUUCAGCAAAAAAUCUAUAACGGAGUUUAAAUCUGUGAUGAAUCCGCUAAAAAAAUAUUUAGAAACUUGUAGUUCCAAUGCCAUGUAUACAAGUCCACUUAUUCAAAAUGAAAUUAUUAACAUUUUUGGAGAACUUAUUCAAUCAGAGAUAAUUAAAAAAAUUUCAAAAUCAAAUUAUUUUUCUGUACUUGCCGUCGAAACGACAGAUAUUGCACAAAUAGAACAAUUUUCAAUUUGUAUUCGGUAUUUUGAAGAAGAGUUGGUGGUUCUUCGAGAAGAUUUUCUUACUUUUGUACCAGUUCAUGACGUAACUGGUCUUGGUUUGGCAACCGUUUUACUAAAUACAUUGAAAGAACUUGGUUUGGAUUUGGAUAAAUUACGUGGACAAGGUUACGAUGGGGCUGCUACUAUGUCAGGUAACUUUCGUGGUGUUCAGGCAAUUGUGAAAAUGAGUUACCCAAAAGCUUUAUACACUCACUGUGUUUCUCAUUCCCUGAAUCUUUGCUUAUCUGAUGCUGCCAAAACACAAGCUAUUCUAAAUGCCCUUGAUAGAGUGAAUCAGGUAAAAAUCCAACUUCAAAUAUUAAGAGAUAAUGCAACUGAUGAAUUUUAUAAGAUUUAUGAAGAAGUCAAUCGCCUAGGAGGUUUAAUAAAUGUGGAAGAAAAUAAGCCAUAUUCAAAUCUUAAAACAGCAGUUACAUUUUACCAGAAUGAUUUAAAAGGUUAUGAUGACAUUAUAGAAGUUGAAUAUCAAUUAUGGCAGUCGAAAUGGAACUCAGUUGAUUCUCGGCCAUUGACGGCUAUCGAAGCACUUCAUCAAUGUGAUAAACUAAUGUACCCAAACAUGUAUGAGCUUCUUAAGAUACUAUCAAUACUUCCUGUUUCAACAGCAACUGCAGAGAGAAGUUUUUCAACAUUAAGGAGAUUGAAAAAUUAUCUUCGAAACACAACAUCUGAAUCACUGCUUGUAGGAUUAGCUCUAUUAUCAAUUCAUAGAGAUGUAAAUAUUAGUGAUGAUAUGGCACUAGAUAAUUUUUCGAACAGUGGAAAAGCUAGACGAAUAAAAUUAACAAUAUGA